CCGCAUUGAAAGUGUUCGCAGCCGGCGUGUGCGGCAGCACUGACUGCGACUCACUUACAGCCGCAUCAUAGACUCAGCACACGCGUGGAUUUCUCUCAGUGUACGUGUGUGUGUGCGCGCGCGCGAGCGUGGGAACAAACCACUUGACACAUUUCCAGCAGCUCCUUUUAUGAAUCAUUGUGGACGCUCAGUUUGCGGAUCUAUGAAGGCGCAGGCAGGCUUUCCACUCUCAGCAUCAGACCGAGGGAACAGGGAGUGACUGACCCCCCCCUCUGCAGACCCCCAUGCCGGGCAUCAACUCCACCGCACCUCGUUAUGAAAACUGGGACAUGGACCACCUCGACCAUUACCAACAUUAUUUCUACGACGACCACGACCCGGACGAGGAUUUCUUCACGUCCACGGCGCCCAGCGAGGACAUAUGGAAGAAAUUCGAGCUGGUGCCGACCCCGCCCAUGUCCCCCAUCCGGGCGGUAGAGGGGUCGGGCAGAGUCGGACUGCUCUGCCCGUCACUGGGGGACAAGCUGGAGUGGGUUUCUCAGUUCUUGGGUCAAGAGGACGACCACAAUCCGCAGCAGCAGGACCUGCCUUUAAAGCUGACCGCUGCCAAUGACUCUUUCGGGAACUUGAGCUCCAUCAUCAUCCAGGACUGCAUGUGGAGCGGCUUCUCCGCGGGCCAGCAGCUGGAGAGAGUUAUGGGGGAGCGCUGCGCCCCCUGUCCCGGGACAGCGGCGGCUGCGGCCACCGCCACCAAAGUCGCUGCGUCUAAUUUAGCGUGCGCUGUUGCGUCCCCGGCGAGGGCGCAGUGUGCGCCCGCGGACGUGCAAGCUCUCGGCGGCUUGGCGGCGGACUGCGUGGACCCCGCUGCGGUGCUCACUUUCCCUUUAACUGGCGGAUGCAAGAGACAAGUGUCCUCUGGCUCCGAGUCUCACAGCUACUCCUCAGAUGACGAAGAUGACAAGGAUGAUGAUGAUGAUGAUGAUGAUGAUGACGAAGAGGAGAUUGACGUGGUGACCGUGGAGCACAAGCAGCAGCAACAACAGCAGCAGCAGCGCAAACCCCGGCGACUGGUCAACUCCCGUAAGCCUGUGACCAUAACGGUGCGCGCUGACCCCCUCGACCCCGGCAUGAAGCGUUUCCACAUCUCCAUCCACCAACAGCAGCACAACUAUGCCGCCCCAUCACCGGACACUCUCCCCCCACCUGCUGAGCCGCCCCGGAAGAGGGUGCGGCAGGAGGCCUCCACCCAGGUGACCCAGCCGCACCAGAACUCUCAUUACCACCAGCCCCGGCCCGGCCAUGCCCCUCUGAACUUGGACACUAGAAAGUCUCAUGUGACUGUGGCUGGGGUUAGGUCAGAGUCGCCUAACCUCGGCGCCACCUCUCCUACCUCCUCCACAUUGCCUUCAUCUCCUCUCUCCUCCUCCUCCUCCUCCUCCUCGUCCUCCUCCCAUUCCCAAAGCUCUCCCUCAAAGCCCCACUCCCUCUCCCACCUCUCCAGCCCCCAGUCGUCCGACUGCGAGGACACGGACAAGCGCAAGGCGCACAACUUCCUGGAGCGCAAGCGGCGGAACGACCUGCGCUCGCGCUUCCUGUCCCUGCGGGACGAGAUCCCCGGCCUCGCGGACUGUCCCAAGACUCCCAAGGUCGCGAUCCUGACCCGAGCGACGGAGUACCUGCAGCAGCUGCACGUCAACGAGAGGCAGAAGGCUCAGGAGAGGAAGCAGCUGAAAGCCAGGCAGCUGCAGCUGCUGCAGAGGCUGGCGCAGCUGAAGCGAUCCUGAGUGCCAAGCUGUCGGCUGCGAACCGACGCCUCUACUCACAGAACUCGAUGGGACUAGAUGAAGGAGAAAAAGACACUAAUGUUCACUUUGAGUUUGUCACUUUGGAAUAGUGCGGGUGGAUUUUUUAUUUUUUUUUGGUUGUUUCUGUUUUGUUUUAUUUUAUUUUCUUCUGUUUGUUCUAUUUUUGUGGUUUGCACAUUAGCUUCUGAGUGGUUGACGAGACCACGAGCCGGUCUGAACGGCGAGCUAGGGACUGAUCUUUUGGGCCGAAUAAUAAUUUCCGCGGUUUCGAUUUUGUCUUAUUGUUCCGUCCCCCCCCCCCACCCCGUGAUUUAAAGAUGCUGAACUGUUGCUUGCAACGGGGACAGUGCUGUGAAUGCAGCAAGCUUCCAGUCGAUCAACUGCUACAACUGUGCCGUGUAACUGCUGCACAGUCCGGUCUGAUGUCUCCUCGUGAUAGGUGCGCUUGCACAGCUGUGAUGUGUUCCUUUUUUCCUAAUGUGAUCUUUUCCAUUUCCCUUUUGUACCCCCCCCCCCCC